UUGGGGAAGGCCAAGUCUUCCUGCAUAUAACUUACCCGUGGGGCUUUAUUUGGCUAAUUCCAUACAUGUCGUAUUCUCAACCAUUUGGUACGAGUCAAAGAUGGGUAGGGUCAUUGGGAUCGGCACAGACCUCCUACGAAUUGGAAGGUUCCACGAGCUCAUCGUAAGACAUGGCAUUUCCUCGGCCUAUGUCACCCGGCUCGCUACCAGGAUUCUUCACGGCACCAGGGAACUUCCCCACUUCCAAAAAUUCCAGGCCGGGCAGAAUGUGGCUGAAUGCACGAGGUUGCUUUCAGGAAGCUGGGCCGCUAAGGAGGCGGUAUACAAAACGCUCGAUAGCGAGGACCAGAAGGGGUUUUCGUUCAAAAAAUGGUACAAGUACUCCAAUGUGCAGGGCAAGCCGUUCAUCCAGGGAACAGAGUACGCCAAGCCCAAUGAGGAGUUUCUCUUGUCAAUGUCACACGAUUCGGACUUUUUAAUCGCCACAGUACUUCGCCAGGAAGCGUAAGUGACUUUAGCCAGGGGUUAGACAAAGCCAACGUUCACCGGGGAAGAUUCUAGGUUUCGGUACACGAGCUAUGACGACCAUGAAUUUAGUAUUCUUGGCGGUUUGAGUUGAUGUGGAAUCUCUGCACCGAGUAGCCUCUGGAAGGUAGAAGUUUACUGUACAAUAGGUAUGUGUGACGCCUAGGCUACUUAGAGUUAACUGAGAGGUAACCAGGUUCAAGUAGUUCUAGAUGGUGUAUUUAAUACAGCUCUUACGCUUAUCCUGACCCCCCUUAAACACUUAUAUUCCACUUCUUAUCUGCACCAAGUAUUUCUUAUGCGUUUUCAUAAACCAGGGGAUUAUCCCAUAUGAAUUCGUUCAUUUUCAUGGCUCUACCAAGGAAACACCUGAAACACACUUGAAUUAUUUAUCAGGAUACAAUCUUCAUCGGUGCAGCCUUGAUUGCAUUAAUGACCUACUGGCAGCGUUAGAAGUGGUGGC